CAAAAGUCAAUGAUCAGUGAUUAAGACAAUGUAGAUACAAGUUAAUCAACAGAUCAUUCAUAACCUUGAUUAGUUAAUUUAGUUACUAUGCAAUUGAACUAAAUUAACUUGUCUAAAGACAAUUUCAAGGUUAAAAUGUAGUUUAACUCUCAAUACGCAAUUAGUUAAUUCUUGUUGAAUGUUGAGAAGAAAAAAAUCUAACACUCAAGACUCGAUAAUCGAUUACAAUUAACACCGAACACAAUUAAAUCUUCAACACCACGAAAUGAAAUGUCGACACUUUGAUUGAAAGUUAAUCAAAUAACAACUUUAAUUAGUGAAUUAAAUCAUGUUACCUGGAGAACAAUCAACAACAACAAUUUUGUCUUGUUCAUCAUUCGUUAAUCAUUUUUACAGAAUUCAUUAUUUCCUGUGGUUCUCGUCACUUUCCGGAGUUUUACCUUAUUAUGUUGUCUUUGUCCGAACUUACACUUCCGCUUCCGCUUCAUGGAUUGGAACUUUGUUCAGUCUCUUACCAUUUGUCGCCUUUUUCACUAAUCCCUUUUUCUGUUCCCUGGCAGAUAAAUCAUCUAAUCACCUGAAAUACUUGCUAAUCUUUAUUGGAUUAACGUGUACCGGUUAUGGUUUAUUAUUAAUCAUACCAACAGUUGACAGUCCGCUUGUUUCAUGGUCACUUUCAAUGGUAUUACUGUUGAUCGCUUAUCCCUCAAUGGCAACGGUCACUUCCCUGACCGAUUCAAUUGUCAUGAUGAUGGUUACAUCAUCUUCAGGGGAUGUUAAUCUUGAUAGUAAAUCGUCAAGAUUGACCUUUGGUCAAGUUCGCGUAUGGGGAACCAUUGGUUACGGAUUUUUCGGAUUCAUCUCUGGACCAAUUAACUCAAUUAACUUUGAUCAAUCUUAUCUUCAAUUGGGUUACAUGUUCAUAAUUAUUUGUUCCGUUGACUUUUUAAUUGUUGCAAUUGUUUUAAUCAUAAUUUAUAAACGGAAACAAAACUUAUCAUCAAAUUUAAAUUGUCCAGACAAGAGUGAAGGUCAACACGAUGACCGGAUGUUGACAAUAACCAAUGAUAAAUUCAAAUCACGGAAAAAUUAUCAACAAGAGAUUGUAACACUAGUUAAUCAUGAUAAUCAAGUGAAUAAUUAUUGUCAUGUUAAUCAACUGGUAAAUGGACAAUCAACUAAUCAUUGGAAAAGUUUUGCAAGUUUAUUCAUUAAUCAUCCAACAAUCAUUCAACAUACAAUCAUAUUGAUUGGUCAAGGGAUCCUCAUGUCCUGCCACUGGUCAUUUUUUUACUGGUACCUGGAAACAAUUAGUGGACCGGACACAAUUUUGAUGGGGUUAACCUUGUUAAUUGGCUGUUUCUGUGGGGAAUUAACUUUCUUUUACUUUGGCAAUUUAAUUGUUGACCAAAUUGGACCAAGCAACUCAUUUAACAUCAGUUUAAUUGCUUUUGCAAUUCAAUAUUUCAGUUAUGCUUUUCUAAUUGUUCCCGGUAAUCAAUAUCUAGUUUGUUUCACUGAAAUCCUUCAGGGUCCGACAUUUGGACUAUUUUAUACCGCGAUGACCCAUAUUGGUCAAGAAUAUGCAGAUAAACAGUUGACCAGUGAAACCGAUAGAUUGAAAUCUAAUUGUCCGAAAGUGUCCCAAUUAUCCACCGAUGAUGAAAAUAAUAGUAUUAAAUUUAAUGGAGGUCAUCAAGAUGACCAAGGUAAGAUUAAAAUUCAUUCAACUUUACAAGGUUUUCUAUCUGGAUGCUUAGAGGGAUUAGGAUUAGGAUUAGGUUCACUUGGGGCUGGACUAAUUAUUGACCAUUAUGAUGUAAAAACCAUGUGGAUUUCUGCUGGUUCAUUGUCAAUCAUUUUGUUAACUUUUAAUUUAUCAUUACAAUUAAUUGAUAAACUGUUUACUAAAAGAUAAACACAGUUAUCAUUGAUGGUCAGUUAAUCUUGAUGACCAUUGAUCAUCUCAUUCUGAUGUUUUCAUAUAAAAUAAAAUGGACACUUGAUUGUUUUGUUUA